UUCACUGUGGUAUUAAUCUGAGAAGACAGCAGGCGACCAAGGCUGGGCUCACACUGAUCUGUUGUGUCUCUCUCUGUCACUCUGGUGCUUCCAUCAGAGAAAACGGAAACAACGAGGACACGUCUCAGCCAUCAUGAACCUUUUCUGCUUUUCACUGGAGGGGUCUAUGGACAGCCUGUAUGAGGUGGUACAGAACUCCAGUGAUGGUCCACAACCGCCCAUCCCCAGCCGCUCCUCCAGUCGCUCAUGCAGCCGCUCAUGCAGCCCGGCGGUCCUUCUGGAUGACAACACAAAGUGGAGAGGGUCUGGAAGGUCUAUAUCUAUGGAGAUGCCUCAGGGGAAGAACUCUAGUAAAAAGAAAAGAAGAACACAUAUAUCCAAGUCUGUAUCAGAUAAUGAAGCACUUGCAGACUGUAAUACCACCGUCUGGCAGCCUGCCAAGAGCCGAGAAGAUUUAGUCCACAUCACCAACAAUCACAAUGAAGAGACAAGGAGGGCUAAACACAGAGCAGAGACCAAAGAAGGAAAAGGAGCACAUCAUUCUGCCACAAAGAAAAAGGAGAAAGCCCCCUCAAGUCAGAGUAUCCACACCACUGGUGUGACUACAGAAACUAAACCUCCUGUCAAAAGAGGCCAAAAGCCUGGAAAGAAAGCAGCUGGAAAGAGUGUAAAAGAAGCACCAAAGAAGACUCAAAAUGCCACAGUGCACUCCCCAUCAUGUGCAAUGAGCCAACAAAUGGGACCCCAGUAUUUGGACGUGCCAUUCAGGUCAGACCGGAGGCCGUACCCGGGCAAGUCCUCCACCCUCCCCUCUCAGGAGAACACGACCCCAGGCAGGUGCACAGACAUGCUCACCCUCCCUGGUGGAGCUACACCCACCCACACCCACCACCAGCGUUGGAGCAGCCCGGGUGACAGUAGUCCUGCCUGGGGGACCAUCCAGCACACCUGCCGCAGGCCGCUUACAGAGUACCGUGUGUACUCCCAUGACUUAACCGCGCUUAAUGGGAAGGACUGGGAGGGAGGACAGCAGUCAGGGACUGCCCAGGAUGACAGCCUACAACAGGACUGUAAACCACAGAUCCCUCCAAAGGUGUCGCGAUCUAUCACAGAUGUGGAUCUGUCAAAACCAAAUCGCUCCACCAGCUUCGGCAAGUUUGAGGCUCUCAGACAUCCACCAUCGCAAGCCAAACCAGAGGACAAUGGAACAACCCUCAUGGAAGAAUGUGAGGACCCUCAUAAAUCAGCCGGGAUUGGGAAGAAGAUGAAAGCUAUUUCAUUGACCAUGCGCAGAAGAAUGGGCAAAAAACAUGCCAAGUCUUUUUCAGAGGAGACAGGUGAUGACACAGACAAAGAACCAGAGGCAGAGACAGAGAGCAGCAAUCCUCCUGAGAAAAACCCAACACAGACCAGCAACUCCUUAGAAAGUCUCUACAGUGGACAGAGCUCUUCAAGUGGUGUGACCAGUGAGUCCAAUGGUUCUGGUCAGAGGGACAGUCUGAGGCUGGAGGAGGACGGCUCCUAUCAGGGUCAGUUCUGUGGCAGAGCUCGCGUCCACACAGACUUUGUUCCAAGUCCGUAUGACACAGAUUCCCUCAAACUCAAGGUCGGUGACAUCAUCAACAUCAUCAGUAAGCCUCCAAUGGGAAUCUGGACCGGCAUGCUGAACAACAAAGUGGGCAACUUUAAAUUCAUAUAUGUGGACAUUUUGGUGGAGAAAGGUGAAGAGGAGGAGGCUCCCAAAGUCAGACAACAGAAGUUGAGCAAAAGACCUCGGCCUAAAACAUUGCUCGAGUUACUGGAGCGACUGAAUCUUCAGGAGUAUGCCUCUGCCUUGCUGCUAAAUGGAUAUCAGACGGUGGAGGACUUGCUGCACCUGCAGGAGAAACACCUGAUAGAGCUGAACGUCAAAGACCCAGAGCACAGACACAGACUCCUGGCUGCUGCUGAAUGCCGCUACACGGAAGGUGAUGAUGUCAGAGAAGGUGAAGAGCAAAAACCCUCAAACAGUCAACAGGAAGAAGACAGCGACUGUCCCAGAGACUCGGGCUGCUUCAUCCCGUCUGAAUGUUCCGACAGCAAAGAGGAAACAGAGCAGCUCACAGACGCAGUGGGCUCUUAAUCAGAUUGCUUAUCAGAUGGAUACUUAACUUCUGAGUGAUGACUGAUGUUCUGGACGUCAUCUUAAUUAUGUGUCACUUUAUUUAGAUAAAGAUCAAGUUGUAAGUUAUGACUUCUGUAUUUUUUUUUAUUAGGACAUGGUAUUAAAAAGUGAUAUUUCAGUGAUUAAAUAUCGCUUGUAUAUUUCAAAUUCUACAUAUUUGAGUGUUUCUCCAUAUAAAGCCUUUAUUUAUCAAAUCUGCAUCUCUUUGACCAUUUUCUUUAAAUCCAAUUUAACAUCCAGUGUAAUGUAUUUCUUUCCUGUGAUUGAGGGGACCUCUGUGAACUUGUGUUGUGUCAUGGUUCUAACAAUGCAGAAUCAAAGCUGGUCUAUAAUAUAUAGGUAAAGAUGGGUCUGUUCUUUGAAUGUGUGUGUCUGGAUCAGGGUGUGUGUGUGUGUGUGUGUGUGUGUGUGUGUGUGUGUGUGUGUGUGUGUGUGUGUGUGUGUGUGUGUGUGUGAAAGAGUCACUGUUCAGAGCAUUCAGCUGUUUUCACAAUUUUUCUUUAAAAGUUACUGUCAGCAUUUUUUUUCUUUGUCAUUCAGAAUUACAGAUUUUAUGUACAUAUAUCGAGUAUUAUAUGUGUUCUUGGUGAAAUAUGAUAUAUACUUCACAUUAUUACUGUUGAUGUUAUUGUUAUUAUAAUUGUUGCUACAUGAAUUAUAUCGUUUUGUAAGACUAAAUGUUCAAAUAAUAAAUACAAUAUUUUUUAUAACCAA